GCGCAGGGCUCAGCGCGGGGGAUUUGGACUGGCUGCCGGGCCGGGCCGGGCCGGGCCGGGCGUGAGGCGAGGGUCGGGCCGCCAUGGCCCUGGCGCUGCCGGUGCCCGAGCCGCCGUGGCCGGCGAGCCUGUCCCCGCUGAAGGCAGUGGAUGACUUGUUGCGGUGUGGGAUAUGCUUUGAUUACUUCAGCAUCGCGAUGAUGAUUCCCCAGUGCUCGCAUAACUAUUGUUCCCUUUGUAUACGCAAGUUUUUGUCCUACAAAACUCAGUGUCCAACAUGCUGUGUGGCAGUCUCGGAAUCUGACCUGAAAAAUAACCGGACAUUAGAUGAACUAGUAAAGAGCUUUAAUUCUGCAAGAAAACAGCUGUUCCAGUUGGUCUUGGAUACUCCACUGAUUUCAUCUCCAUUGGCCUAUAGCAGGCAUUCAGCUGGCAAAAGCCACAUUAGGAGUCCUGUUUCUUGGCCAGUUGUAAAAGAAGAGGUGCCAGUGAUUGACAGUUUCUUGAGAAAGGAAGAAGACUGCACCUCGACAAAGGCAGAUGGCGUGGCAGGAACAGAUCAGAAGAUUUUCAAAACUGAGGAACACCAUAACCUUUACAGCAGUUCUGCAGAGGUUGAUGGUAAAGACAAUGAAGUGGGAUCACAAGAGAGUCCUGAGUGCACCAAAAGUCAUGAAAAGCCUUCUACAUCUGUGGUAAAAGUAGUCAAGAAAGUGGAUUGUCCUGUUUGUCAGGUUGCUAUUCCAGAGCAAUAUAUAAACAAACAUCUGGAUAGCUGCUUGACAAGAGAAGAGAAGAAGGACUGCCUCAGAAGUUCUGCUCACAAAAGGAAGCCUAUGUCUAAAGUUGUUUACAACUUGCUCUCUGAUCGUGAUUUGAAGAAGAAACUAAAGGAACAUGGUCUGUCUACCCAUGGGACCCGACAACAGCUUAUUAAAAGACACCAAGAAUUUGUGCACAUGUAUAAUGCUCAAUGUGAUUCUCUAAAUCCCAAAUCAGUUGCAGAGGUUGUUAAAGAGCUGGAAAAGAAUGAGAAGAUUCGGGUUCAGCUUGAAUUUAAUAAAACUGGUGAAAAUAGCUUGACCUUCACAAAGGACCAGACAGAGGAGGAAAUAGAUGAGAUCCACACUGAUUAUCGAAACAAACACAGAAGUGAAUUUCAGGUUUUGGUGGAUCAAGUAAAUAACCGGUGGAAGAAAAGUGGUAAGAGAAAAACAGGAAGUGCUCAAACCAAAGAAGUCGUCACUGUCAAAGAAUUGCCAGCGGCCACAGAACAUAAGGAAGAGCAUCAGACAGCUGUCGUCCUUGGAAAAGCCCAGAUACUCAAAACAGAAACUCCUGAUGGCAAAAGAAGUGAAUCUCCUUCCUUGGAGGAAGGCCAGAGAUCAGUCUCUCCUGCAUUCUCACUGUCAUCUGAAUCAACAAGCAGCUCCAGUUCAGACAUUUUGAGAGAUCUGCAAGGGUCAGAAUCCUCUGACAAAAGCAGUUUUCUGGGUCCGAGAGCUAACAAAAGAAAGUCAUGUCGGCCCCGAAUGCCAGAAAGCAAUCAACUGCUUCCCAAGAGAAAGCGGAAGAAGAGCUAGCGCUACAGUGAUGUGAAGCUUAAAACCGUGCAGAAGGCUUAACGCUGAGAAAUACUUCUUAGUUUUUUCCAGUUUUCAGUGUAUCUGGGUACUUACUAAAAUGCUGAACUUUCACAUAACUGUCAUUCAAACUGCCUUAGAAUAACCAGAUUGGUGUGCUGAUGCUUUUUGUUUACAGCACUGUGGGCCAUCUAACUCUGAGAUGGGGCAUAAAGUGCUGGAGUCCUGCUGGAGCCUCGAGCUGACUCAUGCCACGCAGCAGCCUCACCGCUGAUGGACGUGGGUCUGCGUGUUGCCGCAGUUCCUGCUCGCACCUCGCAGAAGCUUGUUCUGCCCUCUUGGAAGCAAUCGUGGGGCAGCAUUUUGCUUGGGGUUGGGCAGAUGCUGAUGCUCCAGUUACCUGGCUCGGCUGGCGGGGAGGUGUGGGGGGAGCUGAGGGAUGGAGCAGACUUCUGUUCUGCAAAAAUGUGCUUUGCCUUUGCCUUUUUUUUUUUUUUUAAUAUGUCCGUGUAAACUUACUCAUUAGUAUAUGUCAUUAUUUUGAUUUAAAGUCACUAAAUUUGAAAGAAGUUGGAAGGUUGUUGAACAUUAGGUAUUCUAGCUUUAAAAUAAAUAUUAGCAUUAAAAAGCCUUAUCUUUCUUAAAAGGUGAUGGAGCUUUGUAAUAAAGAAAUGCAAUAAAAUUAAAGUAAGCCUGAGCAACAGGGUAAGUUUUUAAAAAUACAGCUUGUAAGCAAAAUACAUACCAUGCAAAAUACUCAAAGAUGUUCUUACUGAGCCCUGAAGCUUUGGUCAUAGCCUUUCAUAAGGAACUUUACAAAGAAAGCACAAAACCUUUUUAAGGUUGAGUGUCAUGUGUCUUUUGACUGUAGACUAUAGCUGUAAUUGGGACUGGACAUUUUGCUUUCAAAAAUAUUCCUCCUUAGACCACGGUAGCAGGCAGUAUUUUUGUUUAGAACAGGCUAAAUCUGCGGUGAAUAUAAACUGUAGUAAAUCCAUUGAGGUAAGUAGAUGCAGAGGAAAAACAGGAAGUUGAUUUUGUUUGUUUUUUACUAAAAGCAAACUUUUUGAAAGAGAAUAAUUAUUGACUUCUGGUUUUAGGUCUGCCUUUUAAUGAUAGCAAUUAAUACAAGACAGAUGGAAAUUUUGUGCAGCUAGCCUUUGUGCAUUUUGUGCAUAAUGGUCAAUGUGUCUGAAAUUCACAUAGAUCAGUUUACAUCAUCUGCUGAGCAUCCCUUGGAGGUUUUUAUUGUUAUGUUUCAAUUAUAUUUGAGUUAGCAGCACUUCAUUUUCUUUAAUAUGGUAAUGAUAUCAAAAAACCUCUAUCAAUACUAUUAGAACAUAAAACAUGCGAUCUAGCUAGAAAGAGGAAUGUGACUAUACCUCUAAUAAAACUCGAGGAGGUGCCCUUUCUGUUUGGCUCAGUCUACCCUGGCUGUGACUCUGGGCAGCGUCACAAACCAGCCUGCCCUGGGCGGCAGCAAGUGUCUGAAAUUGUAGAAUUGCUGUCUUGGGUUUAAAGCACAAUUACACAUUUAAGCAGGGGGCUGUAAGGCUGGGAGCCCUUGGCAUGCUGAGUCACUACACUAUGGCCAACUCGCUAAAGGUCAGCCUGGAAUUUGUAGUCCAGGUGCUGUGUACUGCGUGAGGUCCUUAACUCUGCUGGAUUGGCAGGGAAAUUAGGAUCCUGCAAUACUUAACUACCUGGCAGCUUUUCUUUUUAAUAUAGUGAAUGGGCUAUAAACAUGUUUUAUCAAUAGCAGAUACUUCUUGUGUAGCUUUGGAACCAGGUGCCACUUGCAGAGUUAAAUUUGUAGUUAAUGGCAAUAACUACUGAUGUGAGAUGAAAAUGUAUUUCAAUACCCAAAAAGGAGAGUCUAAUUUAUUAAGUACAGGCUAGAAAGUACUUAGAAAAAAAUCAAUAUAGAAGGUGAAUACAAACAUAUGAAAUGUGAAGUACACAUUCUGUAUUAGUGCUGAAAAGGCUUGUGCAGGCUGUUGUGAGCGUUGUCCUGGAUGGCUGGAGGCUGGCAAGAGAUUUUGUAACCCUCCAGAGCAGAGCAAGGUGGGAAACUGCUGUUGGAGCUGCGGAGGUCCCAGACAGCAGUGGCACAGUCCUGACUGUCCCCUGACACUUGAAGAACGCAAGACAAAGUGUUGCCCUUGAAGCUACACUCCUUAAUGUAGAAAAAGUCCUAAGCUUUGGACAUGACUGUUUUCCUUCCAUUCAUUCAAUCAAAUUGGUUUUUCUCCAAGCAGAAAGCUAGAGCGUCAUCCCUCUUUGGUGUGUGUUUCGAAGGGUUCCCCUCCUGUCAGCCUGGGCACGUGUGAGGAGACCUUAACCUUCCUAACAAUGGUUUAAUCUUUUGCAAAUGUUUUUAAUUUAAACCCUUCUGUUGUCAUUUGCAGUGAACCGCAGAGUGACCUGCUAUCUUGGAUCUGUGGUGGGCUUUCCCCAAAGAGCUGUUUUCAGUUAAAAUAAAACCCAAAAUGUUUA